AUGGCUUGUCGACAGAGCAUCAGCGAAAGUCUUGUCAAAACAUUUCAGCAAGGGUUUGUUUUAUACAAACACAGUGACGAUUCUUCAAGUUCUAGUUCAGGUUCAUUGGAAUUACUUUCAUCAGCUAAGGUGGACUGUCUUAACGGGGAAAUACAUCUUGCAAAGGCAAUGUUUCCUGAAUUUUUCGAUGAAAAGACUAUCGAAGGCCAAGGUGCUCAAGGAAAUUGUAUCAAAACCUCAAGCUGUCAUACUGCCAUCAUAAACUGCGCGAGUGGGCUAGAGACCAGACAGAAUACUUGUAAAUCAGGAAAAGCAAUCGAGAUUUGGUACAUCAACGAGUACGGGUUAGCGACAACGUGA